CUUGCUUGCAUUUCUGAUCCAGUUGGAAUAAGCAUGUUCCUUUCUUUUGAAACAGGAUGUCUCGGGCAGUUCAGCUUCCAGUUCCCUGUCCCGUGCGGCUUGGUUCCUUAAAAGGUGACUCCUUGGAGGCUCAGCUGCAUGAAUAUGUUAGAGAAGGGAGUUACCUAAAAGCGAAGAAGAUUCUCAAGAAAGGAAUUUACGUUGAUGCAGUUAACUCCUUGGGCCAGACGCCACUUUUCCUGGCAUCAUUAUUAGGCCUUACAAAACUAGUGGAUAUUCUGGUGGAUUAUGGAUCAGAUCCAAAUCACCGCUGCUUUGAUGGGAGCACCCCUGUGCACGCAGCAGCGUUUUCAGGCAAUCAGUGGAUCCUCAGCAAAGUGUUGGAUGCAGGGGGUGACCUUCGACUCCACGACGAGAAGGGUCAAAGCCCGCAGGCCUGGGCCCUGACAGCCGGGAAGGAGUGCAGCACUGUGAUGGUGGAGUUCAUGCAUCGCUGCGCCUCGCACAUGCAGGCCGUCCUCCAGGACUUCUCCUGUGACCUCCUGAAGAAGGUCGACUCCACUGAGCGGCUCAUCUGCAGCCUGCCCCGGUUCGGGGGCCUCAUGCCGGGAAGCCCGAAUGGCCCUUCUAAACGACUGCGUAAAACUGGAGUCAUUUCUGCCCAAAACAUCCACAGCUUUGGCUUUGGGAAGUUUUGUCUUUCAGCGAGGACACGGGUGACCUAUUUAGGAACUCUUCCGAUCAUUGGAGAAAAUGAAAUAAUUCAAGCUGAUGAUGAGCCUGCCUUCUCUUUCUGCAGUGGCCCCUACAUGGUCAUGACCAACCUGGUGUGGAAGGGGAGCAGGGUCACAGUGAAGGAGCUGCAUCUCCCCACCCACCCGCACUGCAGCAAGCUGCGCCUGGCCGACUUGCUCAUUGCUGAGCAGGAGCACAGCAGCAAAUUGCGGCACCGCCACCUGCUGCAGCUGAUGGCUGUGUGCCUGUCCCAGGACCUGGAGAAGACCCGCCUGGUUUACGAGCGCAUCACCGUCGGCACACUAUUUAGUGUCCUCCAUGAACGGCGCGCCGAGUUCCCCCUGCUGCACAUGGAGGAGAUCGUGCACCUGCUGCUCCAGAUCUCCGAGGCCCUGCGAUACCUGCAUUCCUGGGGGUUUAUCCACCGCGCCCUCAGCUCCUAUGCUGUCCACAUCGUCUCCACGGGGGAAGCGAGGCUGACCAACCUGGAGUACAUGCUGGAAAGCCAGGACAGAGAUGUACACAGGGACCUGACUCGAGUCCCCCUCCCAGCCCAGCUGUACAAGUGGGCUGCCCCAGAAGUUAUUUUGCAGAAGGAAGUCACAGUGAAGUCAGACAUCUACAGCUUUUCUGUGAUCAUACAGGAGAUUUUAACAGAUAACAUACCCUGGGAUGGCUUAGAUGGCUCAGUUAUUAAAAGAGCCAUAGUCGUGGGAAAUUAUUUGGAAGCUGACUUCAGGCUUCCCAAACCUUACUAUGAUAUUGUUAAGUCAGGCAUCCAGGUCAGACAGAAAGACCGAACUAUGAACCUUCAAGAUAUCCAGUACAUCCUGAAGAAUGACCUGAAGGAAUUGAUUGGAGCCCAGAGAACUCAGCCAACUGAGAGCCCCAGGGUGCAGAGAUAUGAACACCAUCCUGAUGUCGGUGUCUACCUAGGACUGACUUCAGAACAUCUGAAAGAGAACCCUGACUUGGAAAUAAAAGAGCUGAAGGAAGCGGGCAGUCAGCUUCCUUCACCAAGGAAUCCCAGCGAGAAGGCCACACCAGACCCUCAGGUCCCAGGUCCCAGUCUGAUGGCCAAGGAGGCUCAGAGGCAAGAUACUGCUCCUCCUGCUUGCUUUGUGGCCGGAGAGUCCGGGAGCCCCAGCUCAGGGCCGUCAAGCCUCUGCAGCUUCGAAAUGAACGAAAUCUACUCCCGCUGCCUGGACACGGAAGGUGACAAAGAGAAAGAGCCCCCAGGAGUUGGUUUAUCUCUGGAGGGGGACACCCAAAACCAGGGAGGUGAGCUGGCGUCCCUGGAAGAGGAGCUGGAAAAGAUGGAGAGAGAGGCAUGCUGCUUUUGUGAAAAGAGUGAGAGCUCUUCGGAAGCUGACACGGAGGUCUCCUUUGAGGACUGGGACCAGCAAAAUGGUUCACUUAGUUCCCCCAGCCCACCUAAGCCAGCCAGAGAAGCCAAGUGCAAGGUGAGCAGGUGGUCCAAGACCGACAUGUACAUCAGUAAGUGUAUACUAGAUGUAAAGAUCGCACAGGCAAUGGCGAACCAGAAUAAUGAGAAAAUCAAGCAGAAAUUCAGCGAGUAUGAGAGGAGGCUGAAGGAGCAGGAGGAGUGCAUGUCUCUGUGGGCUUCUUCAAGAAUGUUUCCUAACCUCUCUCACUUGCCUGCGGCGGUGGGCCCCCCAUCUUCCGUUUAUAUUCCUCCUGUCUUGCCAAGGGGCCAGAGGCCAGAUGCGGGUGGCAAUUGCCCGACCCUAGCAAGGUCUCCAAGAACAGUGAGAGACUUUCAAGGGGAACAUUUUGGCAAAAGGUCCAGGGGAAGAAGUAGCUGUGACUGGAAACCUUUUACUGCUUUCAUUCAAGUCUCUGAAGAAAGCACCGGGGAUUCAUCAGAAAAAAGCCAUCAGAGCCCAGGUGAACAAUUCCAGCCCACCCAAGGAGCCAGGGACAGUUCGGAAGGAAACAGAAACCAAAAUACUUGCAGCCAGGGACAGCCUAGAGAGUCCAGUGCCCAAGCCAAAGUGGCACAGCUGAAUAGUUCACUCUUCACCAUGUCAAACCACCCAAAGGAACCACCAGUGACAGCCACCCCUGUUCAGGGUUCUGCCAGGAUCAACAUGGAAUCCGUGUCUUCUGAAAUAUAUAAUACAAAGUCAAGAAAUCAUGAAGAUGUUGGAAAGGUACACUUAAAAUGGAAAAUGGAGGUUAAAAAAAUGGCGGAGAAAGCAGCUGCUGGGCAGCUGGCUGUACCUCCUUGGCAUCCUCAGAGUAGCUCGACGUUAGAGAAUGAGGCUGAGGCUGAGAACGAGCCUGAUCCCUUGCUGCAGCCUCCCAUUAGGGACCCUGAGGAUGUGACUUGGCGGCGCGUUGUAGAGUAUUCCAGGGAAAAUGCGCCAGGAGGGAAUGGCAGGCGUGACAGAACAGACCGUGGUGACCAUGAGGACGACCAGCGUGGCAGACAGCCUGGAAGCUUCCCCAGUAUCAGUCACCCGUCCCCCAGAAAAAGUGAGGAGCCCGAGCAUAGUGAAGUCUUUCAAGCACGUUCUGAAGCGUCUGUGGUCACUGAGAAAUCUUGCAACGAUCAGUCCUGGCCAUCAGUUGGUUCACCGGAGUCUUCGGAGGACAUAAGAAAUGAAUUUUUAACACCAGACAAUGAGUAUUCUUACUCCCCAACGGCUCAAGAAAACUUAGCUCUAGAGACCUCAAGUCCCAUAGAAGAGGACUUCGAAGGAAUGCAAGAGGCAUUUGCUCAAUGUCAAGUCUCUGGUGAAAGAAAGGCCCAAAGGAGACAAAGCUUUGGAAAGGAUGCUGAGGUUUUGACCAGGUCUCAAUUCCAACCUUUACGAAGUCCUGAAGGUGAACAAGAGGAGACGUUAAAGGAGUCACCCAAGGAACUGAGAGAGAAAGACAUAUCAUUGACAGACAUUCAGGACCUGUCUAGUAUCUCCUAUGAACAAGAUGCUUCUUUUAAGGAAGUCUCGUGCAAAACACCCAGAGUAAACCAUGCGCCUCCUAGUGUCAGCACUCCACUCAGCCCAGAGUCAAUUUCUUCAUCUGAUAGUCACUAUAAAGACUGCCUUGAAAGCUUCACAUUUCAGGAUAAAACAGAGCCUACCUCGUGCUGGAGCUAUCACGAAUCCACUUUGUCUGAUAAAUUUACAACUGUCCAGGAGAAAGUAAAGAGCCUAGAGUCCCUUUUUGCUUCCUCUGAAACUCUCCCUUCAAGACUGACUGAUCACAAAAGAUCAUCUACAUCUACUGGGACUGGUUCCUCCAGAAGUGCUAAGGUGUCUGACAAAUCAUCCCAUGCCAUCCAGAGAAGGAGCCUGCCAAGAGAACUAAUAGAAGCCAUCUCGCAGCAUCACAUUGACAAGCUACCACCUCCAUCUCAGGAGCUACUUGAUGAACUUGAGCACUUGAAGAGGCAGCAGGCCUCAUCCGCAGUGUUGGGUGAGGACCCAGCAAAUCCUCUGGGCGUUACUGCAAAAGAUCAAAGUCAUUUAGAAGAACAAGAAACUAGCAGUACAAAAGAAGAUAUCAGUGUGCUUUGGACCCAAGAAACUCAGGGUCUAGAAGAGGACACAGAAAGAGCUCACUCUUCUCUCGAUGAGGACCUGGAAAGAUGGCUACAGCCACCUGAGGACAUCACAGUGCUACAGGAUCUCCGCAAGGACUCUACAAGGGAGACAAAUACCAAGGAUCAAGAAGUUGGUGAAAAGAAGAGGAAAGUGGAAGAAGGCAUGAAGCUAGAGAGGACAUCAGAGAGCUUUCUAGGGGCUUCUAAAGAAGAGGAACUGAAAUCUUGUUUUGGGAAGCGACUGAGUUGGUCAGAACCAUCCAGGAUAAUCGUACUGGAUCAGAGUGACUUGUCAGACUGACCAGAACUGGAUCAUAGAUGGACUCCUGGUCCAAGUUUGAGCACCUGCUUGUGAACUCCCUUCUCCCUGGUCUGCUUCAGUCACCAUUAGAGUAAUGGAUCCCUAAUUCACACUCUGUUCAGCUGACACAAUAGACAUGAAGACUUUGGUCCUGUCUGUUUAUAGCACAUGUAACCAUUUGUUUUUGUUUCUGUUUUUCAGAGAUAUAUUUUGAGCUUUUAUUUCAGCACAGCAGUUGUAAUCAUUUGUUUUCAGUUAGCUAUCUGAAAAGUGAAAGGUGGUGUUGUUGACUGUAAAAAUCUCUCAUUGUGUUCAGAAUGGCUUUGGUUUUAUUGACAUAGAUUUUUGAAAACUUGUACUUCUGUUAGGUAAUAAAAUGUUUACUUUUAAUAGCA